AACAUUUAUUACAGACGUGCGUCAUCUUCGCUCAACAUUUUGCACAAACUCCACACACUUUUGUUUACACGUACCGCACAUUACACUUUUAACACCGAACGCCACUUGUCGAACGUUUCGGAUCAAAUUUUCUACUGUCAAAUCCGUUCAUAAUACUAUCGCGUGCUGCCACCUAUCGGUAUUCCGAGAAUUUCAAAUUUGAACUAACAAACAUUCAUUUCGAAUCUCUGCACUAUUUUUUACCAUUAUACAUUUAUUGCUUUCUCUUUUAAGAAAACAACAAAUAAACGAUACAUUUUUAUGUUUGUAACUAAUUUAAUGUAAAUCAUCAGUGCUUUCUGUACCAAUUUUUAUUGUUUAUGAAUUAACACAAGAAUUCGAAACUGACCGCCAUAACAUGAUUUUAAAUUAGUAAAACAGCAUGUGAUUGGAAGAAUUUUUAAUACAUUGUGUCGCCCCCUUCUGUUUAAAUCUACCUAUUUUUAAUUUUAUCUAUACAUAUGUAUAACAUACGAUGCUAAGAAACAUAUUUAACAUUUUUACAUUUAAUUAUAUUUUCUGGAAAAUAGCACACGUGUAAUUUAUUAAGAUAAAAAUUUAAAAAUUUUUUGCAAUGCGCUUGUAUUUUGAUGUUGAAAGCUAUGAAAUGAAAUGGGGUAUUAUUUCGUGACAUAUGAUUUUAAAACAAGGAAAUGCAGCCUAACCUGAAAUGUAACCAAAUAAGUGUAAAACAAAAAUGUUGAUAUAUGUUUUGACAUAUAUAUAUAUAUAUAAUUAACAGAAAAGUAAUGUGAAAAGAGAUAAAAUGUACUGCCUCGAAUUUAAAGUUAAAUGUUUUAAGUAGUUAUCUUGAUAUACAAGAUGCAAAUAAUGCAGUUAAAAUAAAUAACAAAAUGGAGCAAAGUAUGAUGAUAAUAAAUUCCCAUAGUCAGGAUGAUCAGAUGAUAAGAAAAGAAACAGAACCUUGGUUCAACGAACAAAAUUUAAACAUAAAUCAAGAACAGCCAUUAUCAUCUGAGACACCUUAUUAUAAAUAUCAGAAUAAUAUAGGUAUUCCAGUUGGUAUAUCGACAAAUAUUCAAUGGUGGAGAGAUUCGUCGAUCACAAAUAUAGUAAUGCAAUCCGAGUAUCAACCGGAAAUAGCUCGUUCAUCAAAUUGCUCAUUAAUGAAUCACUGCAUAAGUGCUCAGUUAUCAGAUCAAUUAGAAGAGGUAGAGUUAAACUCAACAAAACCUAUGAAAUCUAAACAAUUGAAAAAAUCAAAAACAAUGAAGGUAUGUAGAGAACCUUUAAAACGUACAAAAAAUCCAGAAAUGUGGAAAGUAAAUGUAAAAAAGAAUGCUAGACUAAGAGGUGAAGAAUACAUUGGAGUUGGAGGAAAAAUAGUACCAGCAAAAACCAUGGGGCCACCUUGUAAAUGUCGCAUACGUUGUACCGAAAAAAUUGAUGAAGUAUCUCGAGAAGAGUUGCAUAAUGUUUUUUGGAAAACAUGCAGCUGGGAACAAAGAAAACAGUAUGUUGCAUUAUUAGUCAAGGAAUCUCCAAAGCAACGAACUCGGUGUCGCGGAAAUGUUAAAUCGGAACAUCGUAGACAAGUUACUUUCACUUACUCUCUUUUAUUAAAAGGAGAGUUUAUCACAGUGUGUAAGUGCAUGUUCCUAAGUACUUUUUCAGUGUCUGAGAAAUUUGUGCGACACGUAAUGGAGAAAAAAAGGAUAUCUCCUGGAGGAAUUAUAGGGCCAGACCAAAGAGGAAAGCAUACACCAAAAACAAAAAAGAGCGAAAGUGUUAAGGAUAGAGUGCGCGAACAUAUUAGAUCAUUUCCAACGGAAAAAUUGAUAAAUCCAAAAAAUCGUAUAGAAAAAGGAUAUCUAGACUCUAGAUUAAGUAUAGCCGCUAUGCAUAAACUUUAUGUGUUAAAAUGUAAAGAAGAAGGCGUUUCUGAAAGUGAUAUAGUUAAGGAAAGUUAUUACAGGGAAAUGUUUAAGACGGAAUUUAAUCUUGGUUUUGAACGAGAAGAAUCUAAAGAUGGCAAACAGUUACCAGGUAUUAUUUAAAACCAGACGAUUAUAACCAGUAAAUAAUUCCAUUAUUUUUUUCUUUUUUGUAUAAUGAAAAAUUCUUCAUUUUCAAUGUUGCCAUACAUUUCAUAUAGAAAUGUUUACAAAUAUUUACGUUUAACAUUACCAAUUUUAAUAUUAAGUUCAGCAUUUAAAAUUUUAUAUAAAACAGUAUUCAGUGAAUAGUAUGAAAUAACGUUAUUACAUAACAAUAUAUUUGACACAAUGUGUGCUAAUUAAAAUCUAUUCAAAAUAGGAGUACAAAAUGACACAUAGUUUUUUGUCGAUUACAAUAUGCUAGUGUAUAUAUUAUAUUUUUUAGUCUAUAUUAUAUUGUAUUAUAUUUUCUGUAGUCUUUUUAAAGUUUAUAAUUAUGAAAUGUUCUUUGAACGAAUUUCCAAAUAUAAUUACACGUUUUAUGCUAAAGCAUAAAUAUACAAAUGUUAAAUACAAAACAUAUUUACAUAUAUUUUUAUAUACUGUAACAUUCAUUAUAAAAUAUGCUAUUGUCAAAAAAAUAACAGAUCUAUAUUUUUAAUUGCUACGCAUUGAAUGUACAGUAAAUCAUAGUUUUUUAGUGUUUAGUAAUUUAAAAGAAUUAUGUACAAAAUAUACAAAGUAUUAAAAAAAAAAAAAAAAAUUAUGGACUAUG